AGCCAGGGUCAUGUGAUCAAAGUCUUUGAAACAAAGGGCAGAGGAUUGUCUCACUAGAUCACUCUCUUCACUUCCAUCCGUAUAUGUCUGCUGUGAUGUAAAAGUGCAAGCUUCAAAAUUAAUGUCUGGAUUAGAGCCCAGUGUUUUCCCAGUCCAUUCUGAUCAGAAAAUUCUACAUCUAUCGUUGGAUUUAAUAGGUUUCGUUAUAUUAUUCUGGAUCGUAAUCGAACAUUUUUUUGGAUCAUAGUUAGAUUUACAAUGAGCUCCCGGGCCCUGAACAGAAAAGGUGGCCUUCAGUACUGUAGACACUUCCUAUCAGACAAUGGCGUAUUCCAUGUGGAAAGGUGCAUGUGUGUAAUGCAGUCAGGAACUCAGAUGGUCAAACUGAAGAAUGGAAGCAAAGGCUUGGUGCGUCUUUUCUACCUGGAUGAACACAGGACCUGCAUUCGAUGGCGACCAUCAAGGAAAAACGAAAAGGCAAAAAUUUCCAUCGAUUCAAUUUGUAAAGUUUUAGAAUGGAGCCAAUCUACAAACUUUCACCGGCGCGCUGAAGGGAGCUUUGAUCCAAGCUGCUGCUUCAGCAUUUACCACGGAAGUCAUAUGGAGACACUGGACUUAGUAACCUCCAACUCUGAGGAUGCACGCACUUGGAUAACAGGAUUAAAAUACCUGAUGGCCGGAAUCAAAGAUGAGGAUUUGCUUGCAAGACGACUAAGGACUCACGAUCAGUGGAUGAAGCAGAUGUUUGAAGAAGCUGAUAAGAAUGGGGAUGGCUCGCUGCGCAUUGAGGAAAUCUAUCAAUUGAUGCAUAAACUAAAUGUGAAUCUACCUCGCAGGAGAAUCAGGCAGAUGUUUCAGGAAGCUGAUACAGAUGAGAAUCAGGGCACAUUAAAUCUUGAAGAGUUCUCUGUAUUCUACAAGAUGAUGUCUUUGAGACGGGAUCUCUUCCUACUGGUGAAGGCUUACAGUGACAAGAAAGACCAUCUUACUGUAGAAGAGCUUGCUCGCUUUCUCAAAUCGGAACAAAAAAUGGAUAACGUGACGUUGGAAUAUUGUAUGGAUGUUAUAAGAAAAUUUGAGGUCUCUGAGGAAAACAAGCAGCAAAAUGUUUUGGGUGUCGAAGGUUUUACUAACUUCAUGCACAGUCCUGCAUGCGACAUAUUUAACCCUUUGCACAAUGAAGUAAAUCAGGAUAUGGAUCAGCCCCUCUGCAACUACUUUAUUGCCUCAUCGCACAACACUUACUUGACAGGGGAUCAACUCCUUUCUCAGUCCAAGGUGGAUAUGUAUUCCUGGGUGCUGCAGGCUGGUUGUCGCUCUGUGGAAGUUGACUGCUGGGAUGGACCAGACGGAGAGCCAGUUGUACAACAUGGUUACACACUCACAUCCAAGGUGCUAUUCCGAGAUGUUGUUGAAACCAUCAACAAAUAUGCUUUCAUCAAAAAUGAGUAUCCUGUUAUUCUGUCCAUUGAGAACCACUGCAGCAUCCAUCAGCAGAAGAAGAUUGCUAAAUAUUUGAAAGAUAUCUUUGGAAAUAAACUAGAAUUAUCCUCUGUUGAAAGACAUCGAAAAUACCAGUUUCCUUCUCCUCAACGUUUAAAGGGAAAAAUUCUUAUAAAGGGAAAGAAACUCUCAGCUGACCUCAACACCGAUGCAGAAGAAGGCGAGGUGUCUGAUGAAGAUAGUGCUGACGAAAUUGAAGAAGAGUGCAAAUUAAAGCAAAUCAAUGGCGGUACUGCGAACCACCAUCAAGUGGAAUGUUUCAUAAGAAAGAAACUGGAUUUCUUACAGAAAGAGUCUCAGCUCCAGGAUAAGGAAAAUCCAGAUAGACAUACAGUCUGUGCGCUUCUGAGUGCCACACACAAAGGUUUAAGUGAUAAUCUACAACAGAACUCACGUGUUAAAGAAAAUACAAAAGAAAGUGGGAGAAAACCUCACAAUCGAUCAUUUAUCAGCAGUUUUACCAAACAGAAGAAAAGUGCAAAAUCCAAAGGAAAACUGUUCAAUCCGAAUGAUGAAGAUCAGCAGAAUUCUAUUGGUAAAGAUACUGGGUCGGCCCACAGAUUGGGCCAUCGCAAAAAAACAAUGAAACUCUAUCGUGGUCUUUCUGACCUGGUUAUAUACACCAACUCUGUGACCUCCCAGGAUCUCCAAGCGAAAGGCUCCUCCGGAAAGGUUCUAUCGUUAAGUGAGACUCAAGCCCACCAACUUUUACAUCAAAAGCCUGAGCAAUUUAUUGGUUUUAACCAGAAACAUUUCACACGUGUAUAUCCAUCUGCCUUCAGAAUAGACUCGAGCAAUUUCAACCCACAAGAAUGCUGGAAUGUUGGUUGUCAGAUGGUGGCACUAAAUUAUCAGUCUGAUGGUCGUAUGAUGCAGCUAAACAGAGCCCUAUUUAUGAAAAAUGGAAACUGUGGUUAUGUCCUAAAACCUCAAUCGAUGUGCCAAGGUGUUUUUAACCCAUUCUCUGAAGAUUCUCUGCAUGGCCAUCUUAAAAAGCAGCUCACACUAAAAAUUAUCAGUGGACAACAGUUGCCCAAGCCACCACAUUCUAUGCUUGGGGACAGAGGCGAGAUAAUUGAUCCCUUUGUUGAAGUGGAAAUUAUUGGUUUACCGAUAGAUUGCUGUAAGGAACAGACCAGAGUGGUGGAUGAUAAUGGAUUUAAUCCUGUCUGGGAAGAAACUAUGACUUUUACAGUCAACAUGCCUGAAAUAGCCCUGGUUCGAUUUCUGGUGUGGGAUCAUGAUCCAAUUGGGCGAGAUUUUGUAGGUGAAAGAACUGUGUCCUUUAGUACUCUCAUGCCAGGAUACCGUCAUAUUUACUUGGAGGGCAUGACAGAAUCUUCACUAUUUGUGCAUGUGACAAUUCAUGACAUCUGCGGAAAGCAACUGAUGGGACUCAAGAGUCUGUUUAGCAAGACUCCCAAAUAUCCUCCUGCAAACAUCAACCAAGGCAAUGUGUUGCAAAAGAAAUCCUUUGGAAAUCGAAUUCUACGUCGCACUGUCAGUGCACCCACAAAGGAAAGGAAAAAGAGCAAAAGCAUGCUUUUGGAAACUUCCAUUGACUUGCGGGAGCAGGAAUCCAAUCCUCUUCCUUCCAACGAGCAAGAAACAUGCAGCAAGCGAGGAACAAAGAAACUCCAUAUGCGUCCGAUGUCAAUGCCAGUUGAAAAUUUGCUUUCUGGAGAGAUGCUGCCAUCUGCUGGUGAAAAAUCUGAAACCAAAACGGGGGCAAACUCAAGAUCAAAGGGUUGUGAGGAAAAAAUGGUGACAUCAUCAUCCCCUUUGCCUCAGUGCAUUCCAGUAUCAGGUGCCAAUGAGCUAAGUGGAGCUCAGCCACGAGAAUUGACAAAGAGUAUUUUGAAAGAGUUAUCAGUAAACAAAGAACACUCUUCAUCCAAUAAUGUUUCUUUUGAAACCCCUACUUCCGAACAUAAUUUUAUUGAGAAGGGUGAGGUGUGUGAUCAAGGACAGUUGCACAAACCUGAACAGUCCCAAUGUAAUGGGGCAUUAUGGCAGUGGACCAGAAGACCACUGUCACAAGACCAGAAACUCACCAAGCUGCAAGGGGAACCAAAUGAAAAUAUUUCCGUUCCACGUUGUAAUGUAAAUUGUAUAGAAACUGAAGAAAAGAUUGAACGUUAUAUCGCAAUGUCUUCCAUUUCUUCACCUGUCUCUGUAAAUAAUUUUGAUCUUUCACAAAAUCUGGGUACGACUCUUGACAGCACAGUCUCUCAUCUUAUUGAUGCUAUGUCCUUGCCCAGUGAAAGUGAAAUAGGCAGUCCCAUAUCAGCCCUCAUUGCCCAAUUUGAUACACCAGAUGGAAUCAAUCAGACUAUGGUUUCAAACUUUCAAGAAACCAACAAACAUACUCGAAGCAUGAUGUCUGGACUGUCACAACCUCAUGGUCUAGAAAUAAAUGCUCCUGUAAAUCUACUGUGUAGGGACAUUAAAGCCAAGGAAGCCUGCUUGAAUCUAACAGAAGAUCCAACAAUCUUCUCCAGCCCUGAGAUGUCAGACCAUUCCUCAUAUACCAUAAUAAAUGAAGACAUUCUCUCCCCUAUUUCUGUAAAAUACACACCAAAUAGAAACAUAAGUGGCACAACCAUUGAUGGAGCAUUCGAUAAGACCUUGCAUUUGGAUACCAUUAGUCAUCCAGGUCAAGUCAGCACCCAUGAUGAAACUUGGAGCAGGAUUGAUGCUGAUGAUAAAUGUAUUAAUAUGACAACCGAUAAUGAAAUUCUUAACGCAUCUCCACCCAUCGAUUCUGUUGGCAGUAGUCUAAUGGACGUAGAUGACCUAGACUUCACCAUCACCACCCCAGAGAGUUGUAAUGAAGAAUUGGGCCCAGGAAGCUCUUCCCCAGCUGACAAUUUCUAUCAAAUGAGCCAGAAAAAGGGUAAAAAAGCAACCAAUUUGUUGAUUUUGGAGAACUCGCCAGUAAAAACUGCCAAUGAACGGGCACUCUGUAUUUCUGAAAGGAAUAUUUGGAAUUCACUGCAUUCAGUUGCAAAUGAGUCAUCCGUUGCCAACCACCCCUUUAUUGGUGCAAAGCAACCAAGUGCGAGUAAGUCCAAGAGCCUUGGAGAUCUGACAUCAGAGGACAUAUCUUGCACCUUUGAAAGCAAGUAUAAAUUCAUCAGCAAAAGUUUCAUUGUGCCAUGUAUUAGAGGGCAGAAAGCAACUCCUUCCCAGAAAAAUAUGCCAAAGGCAGCAGAUGCUUUAACUGAGCAGCUACGCAGACUUGUAUCCCUGGAGCAAGAGGAAAAUCAGGAAAGUCGUGUUCCAAUGAUAAGGCUGGAAUCUGGUUACCAAAGAGGUCUGGUAAGAAAGCUCUCGUCUCGAAGCCAGAGCAGAGUUCGUUAUGUUGCCAACAGGGCAAAACAAAUACAGGAAGCCAACAAGCAUAAACUUUCUGGUAACAGUGCCUCUGGCGAUGUGGUUUUUAGAAAGAAAACCCCUAUACAACACCAUACAGUUAAUAGGCACUCUACAGGUUCCUACAUUGCAGGAUACCUAAACCAACUUAAAGAAGAAGAUUUGGAAGGUCGUGGUAUUCCUGAAGGUUCCUGUAGUACUUUGCUCCACAGAUACACUGACGAUUUUUACACUGACGACUCGCUCUUGCAAACUGAACCCAGUACAGUCAGUGAACCAGAGAUUUAUUUCCUACUUCGGCUGUGAUUUGGAUGCAAAGAAAAAUAUUGUUUAUAACUUUUUUUUAAAAACUCUUCCAUUGAAACAUUGUUCCUUGUCUGUAUAAAUAUAUACGAGUCAUCACCAUCACAUAUAUAUGCAUUUGAACUUGACUAAUCGUGGACAUUCCUCAGAAUUUGGUUGUGUCGUAGGAAGUUAUUGUCAUUUACACUAAACGUGAAGUCUGUCAAAUUUGUACAUUUUGUUUUCUAUAAAUUUGGGUGGAUUUGUGAAAUGUAUUUUGUGUUUGGUGAAAUAAAUAUUCAUUUCAUCUGGUAA